AUGGCGGGAUGGCAGAGACAUUUGCAAUCAUUAGUACGUCGUGUCGUCAAAAAAUACGAGUGCAGUGGCACAGCUUCAUGCUGUACUUUUAGUCAUGCAAAGGCUGGUAUUGUAUCCGGUGAGGUGCCUAGUUUGUCGAGGCCGCAUAAUUCGCAAGUUCCUACAACUAUGAGGCCUCUGUACCAGUAUCUACAGAAAAUGGAGUUCACAAGCACAAGGAACUUACUUGCAGACUCAUCAGAUGCAACUACUCCAGUUUCUUCACCGUUGAUACCAGCUCUACCCUCGGGUGCUGGUAGCACUGAAACUCAAAAGACCAUUACUAAACCUGAAAAGGUUCAAGCGAUUCUAAAAAAUAUAAAACAGAGUCCUAAGAAGGUGAACUUGGUUGCUGCCUUGGUCCGUGGAAUGCGAGUCGAAGAUGCAUUGUUGCAGGUGCAAGUGACAGUUAAAAGAGCUGCUAAAACCGUCUAUCGGGUCAUACAUUCAGCUCGAGCCAAUGCAACACACAAUUACGGAUUUGACCCUGAUCGUCUUCUAGUUGCCGAGGCGUUUGUUGGGAAAGGGCUGUUCAAGAAGAGGAUUUCAUACCACGCCAAGGGCAAAUGCGGGAUAAAAGUGCGGCCAGAGUGUAGGCUGACUGUAGUACUUCGAGAGAUAACGCCAGAGGAGGAGGCCGAGAUAGCCAAGUUGAAGGUGAGAAAUUUCCGCAAGCUGACCAAGAGAGAAAAACGGCUCGUGCCACAUAAGCUCAUCGAGACCACCCCAGUAUGGGACCGCAAGGGCAAAGCCAGAAGGCAUGAGUCGAGCGCUAUGGCUAUUUGA